AUGGUUCCUGCAUCCCUCAAGGGUGCAAGAAGGAGAGAGCACGAGGCGGAUGACAAAAGACAUAGCACGCUCUGUCGACUCAUCGUUGCGAGUUCGUAUUCCUUAGAAAUCAGCAAAAGAGUCGAAGAAGUCGAAGAAGUCGAAGUUGAGGUUGAGGAAGCGACGGAAAGUGACGUCACAGAGAGCGAUUAG